UGGCGCAAAGGCGAUCUAAUUGGAGCGGGUGCUAACGGCCGGGUAUACCUGGGUCUUGAAGAAGACACAGGGGCAAUAAUAGCUGUCAAAGAGAUUCUUUUCACUAAAAAUGAGCAAGAUCUGGAGGAGCUUGUUCAGAUGCAAGAAGAGAUUGAGCUGCUGCGUUCCUUACAUCAUCCCAACAUUGUAACCUACCUCGGGACAGAUGUGUGCGAUGAUGAUCAAACUCUCUACAUAUUCACGGAAUGGGUCCCAGGUGGUUCCAUACAAGCGCUCGUCACCAAGUUUGGACGUCUUUCGGAGGCAAUUGUGCGCAAGUAUGUGGCGCAGCUGCUUGUUGGUCUUGACUACCUGCACGAGCAACAAGUCAUUCAUCGUGACAUCAAAGCAGCAAACAUACUAGUCGACGAUCGCGGUACAAUUAAGUUGGCAGAUUUUGGUAGUUCAAAGCGGAUGGAUUCAAUGGGCACGAUUGGUAAUGAUAACCACUCUCUCCGCGGUACACCCUACUUCAUGGCACCAGAAGUCAUCAUGCAAACUGGUCACGGGAGAAAAGCGGACAUCUGGAGUGUUGGAUGCACCAUUCUCCAGAUGGUCACUGGGCAGCCUCCUUGGAAGAGCCUCCAACUUGGAACGCCUGCAGCACUUAUGUUUCAUAUAGUAAAUUCGCAGGCACCACCUCCAAUGCCGUUUUGCCCCGAG